AUGGUACUUUCCAUUGGGAGGCUUCCACGCCCAUCACUGAUUGUGGCGCUUUCGGAUUUGCGAGUUAUCAUGGAUGGUCUUGACCGUCAUGACAAGCUUGGACAGCCGCCCACCCACCCACCUUGUUGCAUUCUAGUCCUGCUGCAUGAAUCCUUACUUCCCAGGAGUGCUCCCGAACCUUUAUCGGAGACACAGGCGGGUGGUUGUAACCAAGAUCUUCAAGUCGAUCAAACGCUUACCGUUGUUUCUUCCAUCGUUCAUAGUGAUGGUGUCCUAAUGCGCAAGGGCAGCUUUUGCCAAAGAAAUCAGCGCCCCCACCGUCAUGAUUUGAAUACACCCACUUGGAGUGACGAGUUGGAUGGCAACGUUCGAGAGUUAGGAGACAAUCAGAUGUUUGGAAACAUAUCUCCCAUAUUCCAUAAUGAUAGCCCCAUGUUCGCGCGAGACAACAUUUACGAGGGAAGCGUUCCCUCCUUCCCUCACGAUUUGUCGAUCGCCAGUUGGAGCGACGAGUCAGAUGGCAACACCCAAGACAUUGAAGGCGACCAGAGGUUUAGCAGCACAUUUGUCACCGGCCCUAAUGAUAGUGUCGGAAUCAACAGGCGGAGCGACUACGCCAUAGACAGUUUCCAUGAAGAGGAGGAAGCUUGGGUUUACGCUGGAGGAGCUAUCGGUACAAUGCUGCGAGUCCAACGGCGAUUAGUUGGCAUUUGUUCCGUAGAAGAGAAUAGUUCGCAAGGAAGCGAAUAUUUUGGUCCAGUCCCACCUUCCCCAUCUCUAAAUGUUUCGGAUGAUGGUAACAGUGGUUCGGGAAAAGAUGUUGGCCCUCUGCCUUUAUCUGCUGAAAGAGACUCACUUUGUCAGAACAAGAAAAAAUGUACCGAGUUGAUGCUUAAAAUGUCGAGGAAAGUGAUUAGCAAUCGUAUGGAUGAUGGUUGCUUUAGGCGUGUAAAUACCUCUGUAGCAGAAAUCGAAGAGUUAUGGGAAGAAAGGCCUCAAGCCAAAAAAUCUCAUAUGGAGGAGAAUAGUUCGCAAGGAAGCGAAUAUUUUGGUCCAGCCCCACCUUCCCCAUCUCUAAAUGUUUCGGAUGAUGGUAAUAGUGAUUCGAGAAGUGAUGUUGGCCCUUUGCCUUUAUCUACUGAAGGAGACUCACUUUGUCAAGUGAAGGCAACACGUGAGAGAAUGCUGAUAGAGAGUAAAGAAGCUAAGAACAAGCAAAAACGUGAGGAAUGGAUGCUUAAAGUGCCGAGGAAAUUGACCUACAGUGGAACGGAAUCGCGUAGGUUUAGGCGCGGGCGCGACAUUGCGGCAGAAUUCGAUAAAUCCUGGGAGGAAGGUCCUCAAGCGAAAUGUCAUACGGAGGAGAGUAUUGGUGCGGCUAAGUCUAUUGUUAACAGCACACGUGAUGACGAGCAGCAUGAAAUCUUGGAAAAAUUUAAUGUUGGACGUCAGCGAUCCACGGUAGAUGCUCACCAGAAAGCUAACAGAGCGAAAGUUAAGACUUCUGGUGAUUCGAAGAAGAGAGUCACAUUUGAUCGCGACAAGGACAUCGGUAAAAGCGAACAGAAAAAGGUGUCACCUAAUGAGAUGAAAAGUCGUUUUGGAAAUCUGGAUUCGCGUUUUACUACUGGAUCAGGACGUUUUCUCUGA